AGCAAACAAUUUCAAAGUAGCAGCAUAGUGUUUGGUACUUUUAGGUUAGAAUAGCUGUUUUCAUAAUUAAAAGUAUUUUGCUUUGAGGCGACGAUGUCGCGCGAUCGUCACGAGACAUUCGGAUGUUACACGCUGGCCGAUGAUCGAACGUAACUUUACCGGAUGGAAUUACUCGUCCCACAUGCGGAGGGGACUGUCGUGGAGUGACGGACUGUCGAAGAACAUUAUUCGUGACCUCCUCAUUAAAACGAUCCUGAUUAAAGUUAAAUCAUUGGUGAUCUUUUAUUUCAACGGUGCACGUGGAUCUGCUGAGAGAAAUGAUCUCAAACGAAGCAGCCGUGUCGCUCGGUGUUGCCCGAGAAGACAUCAACUGGCGGAAAGAUUUGAUUUCGCAAUUACGCGAGAGAAACAGAUCGCAAACCAAUUGUUUUGCAGAUCUCAUUAGCCUACACAAUAGAUUAUUUGAAAAUGCAAAUACAUUGCGAAAUUCGAAUAUGCAAUUGACAAUUGCAAAUGAGACUCUUCGUCGCGAAGCAGCCAAUGGUGGUAUUGGCAUGGGUGGAAAUCCCGAUCUCGAAGCUAGACUCUUAAAACAAGCGGAGGAAUUGGCAAUGUUGCAUAAAAGGAAAGGAGAACAUACGCAACAAAUAGUAGAUCUCAAUAACAAAUUGCAGGAAAUGACAAAAGAACUUCAUGGAAAGGAAACUAGUCUUGCAGAAAGUUUGGAAGCUAAUACUAACUUACGUUUAGAAAUAACUAAAUGCCUUGCUAGAGAGAAAGAUUUAGAAGGCAUUAAUCAGAUGCUCAAGGAUGAACACCAAGCCUUGCAACUUGCUUUUGCAUCUUUAGAAGAAAAGCUUAGAAAAACACAGGAAGAAAAUCGACAGCUGAUUGAGCGUUUAAUAAAAUAUAAAGCCAGAGAUGCGGAAAAAAUGAAUGAAGAAAAUGAUAACUUUUUAAGUUUUACCAGCCCAACAACCUUUUUGAUGCAUACCUUAUCAAAAUUUGGGAAGAGACAAGCAAAGAUGCAAAAGGAAUUGGAAGAUGCAGCACGAGAUACGCGACCUGUUAGUCCGGAUCGUUUAAGCUUAAAAGAAGUUGCUGGUCUUCCGACAGCAGUGCCAACGAAAGUAUCCGUAACGUUUAGUGCUCAUGAAGGGGAAGUAUUUGCUGUUAAAUGGUCGCCUACUGAUAGAAUAUUGGCUACUGGAGGUACUGACAGGAAGGUGAAGCUUUGGAACAUUAAUAAAGAUACAUCGGAAAACAAGGGCAUCCUCGUUGGCAGUAACGCCGGUGUGAUGUCGGUGGACUUCGAUUCAACAGGCACUCUUAUUCUUGGAGCAUCCAACGAUUAUGCGAGCCGCGUCUGGACCGUCAGUGAUCUCCGCCUAAAGCAUACACUCACGGGCCACUGCGCAAAGGUGAUGGCAGCAAAGUUUCUUGGCGAACCGUCGAAAGUAGUUACAGGAAGUUAUGAUCGGACUUUAAAAAUCUGGGAUCUGCGCAGCAAAGCGUGUAUAGAAACGAAAUUUGCCGGUUCGAGUUGCAAUGAUCUCGUAACUUCCGACGGAGCUGGUUCUACGAUAAUCAGUGGUCAUUUUGAUCAAAGAAUCAGAUUUUGGGAUACUAGAGCCGAAUCCAGCUCAAAUGACAUUCUAUUGGAAGGAAAAGUUACAUCUUUAGAUUUAUCCCGCGACGCAAAUUACCUUUUGAGCUGCGUGAGGGAUGACACGGUGAAACUGAUUGAUUUACGAAUGAAGAAGAUUGUCGGAUCGUUCAGCGCUGACGGUUUUAAAGUGGGAUUCGAUUGGACAAGAGCUGUUUUCAGUCCUGAUGGACAGUACAUAGCGGUUGGUUCCGCCGACGGUUCCGUUUUUAUCUGGUCUAUAGUCACGAAUGCGAUCGAAACAAUACUGAAAGAGCAUACGACAGGGGUAACGGCCGUGUCUUGGCAUCCACACGGCACGUACUUGGCAUCUGUCGAUCGUGCCAAGACGGUGACUGUUUGGGGCGACCACGUUUGACAGGAGGAGUGAUCCCGGGAUAGACGAUUAUUGUUUCACGCAUGAAGACUCUUAACCGUGAAAAUGAAACAAAUAUGCGCUCGCGAUGUCCGUCAGCAAUCCCGCGAGAAAUCACAUUGGGCCGUUGGGCUAUCCAACGGGAUAAUAAUCAAAAUCAUCGGUCGGUUUGGCCACGCAGAUUGUAAGUAAAGCCUUGUAAGGACGCCAUUUCGAAGUUGUAAAGCGCAGACGCCGCGCUGAACAAAUCCACAGCAGUGAUAGAGACUAUUGUACAUAAAAUUGCACUUAUUGUUACUCCCAGGUUGUAAAGAUCCCGUAUUUAGAAUAGUAAUCUGCUCGCCACGGACGGCCGUGCCGUGCCGUAUAUCCCCAAGAAAUUUAAAAAAUUAUUAUAGUAACUGGUGUUUUUCCGCGACUCAAUAGGUAUAAGUUUUGUUUUGCUAAUUAUAAAAGGCACCAUCGCGUGUCAAUUAUCUGUACGAGAAGAUUUGGUUACUCUCAAAAUCGGAGAUUUAUAUGACAAAAUCCAUGGUGCUAUGGCAAAAUGUUUGCACGGGUUGAAAGUCAG